AUGAGUACAGUGAGAUCCUUACAGGCAGUAGUAGCUAUUGAGAAUUGGGUAAUGUGGCAAAUGGAUGUGAAAAAUGCCUUCUUGCAUGGUGACUUGGAGGAGGAUGUGUACAUGACCAUGCCUUCUAGAUAUACUGUGUAUGUUGAUGACUUACUGCUAGCAGGGAAUGAUAAGUCACUUCUCACUGAGAGAGCCAAACCUAUCAAGAUACUUAUUGAUCCACACUUGAAGUUAACAGCAAAAAAUGGUGAUUUGCUGCCCAAUGUAACUGAGUAUCAAAGACUGAUUGGAAGAUUAAUAUACCUGGGGCUAACAAGACCUGAUAUCACCUAUGUAGUAAACACUAUGAGCCAAUUCAUGCAACAUCCCACUUCAGUGCAUAUGCAAGCAACAAAAAGAAUUUUGAGAUAUCUGAAACUAGCUCCUGGUCAAGGCAUACUGCUAGCAUCUAACUAA